UGGAAUGCUGAUAACCAACUAAUUGGGUCUAAUGCUGCAAAGUUGGCAAGCUACAUUGGUACACUUGUUCGUAUGCACAUUCCAAUCACUGCUACAAGAUGGAGUAAUAAAGAGUUGGGUAGCGCUAAAGAUAAGAUUUGGACUGAGAUACUGAGGUCUUUUAACAUUGAAGAUACAACUAUCCGAAAAAAGUAUAUACUUCAAUUGGCCGGAAAAAGACACAGAGGGUGGAGAACGUUUUUAACAAACAAGUAUCUUAAGGACAAAGAAAAUUUUUUUGUUGAAUAUGAUCCGGAAUAUCCAGUGAAGUAUGCGAUCUUCAUUACAGAAGAAGAAUGGGUUGCUUUUGUAGCCCAAAGAAGAGACGAAAAUUUCAAGAAAGUGAGUGCCACAAAUCGCGAGAGAGCGUCAAAUCCCACGUAUGCAUACAAAAAAGGGCGUUUGGGAUAUGCACGCUUAGAGGAAAAAUUUUAGACGAGACGAAAAGUGACGCAACAUCACUUCCGCCACAUGUUUUGUGGAAAGAAGCUCGUGUGGGAAAGGAUGGAACUGUUAGGGAUGACGUUCAACAUAUUUAUGAUGAAUGUGAGACCCUAUCUCAAUCGAUAAGCACAGCUGAGGACCAGGAGAACAGGAGCGUACUUAGUAGAGCACUAAAUGUUCCUGAGUAUCCCGGUCGGGUGAGGGGUAAAGGGCAUGGUUGUACUCCAACUUCCUUGUAUAAGAAUCCAAGGAGAAGAAAUCCUAGCAAUCAAGAAGUGAUGGAGACGUUGCAGGCAUUACAAGCGCAAGUUCUUCAAUUGCAAAAGGAUAAUGAGAGAUAUAGGUGUAUGGAAAAGUGCAGUUCACAGUUGAAAGAAACUAGUGAGAAAGCCAGUAUCAAUUGUCAAAAUAAAUUUCCCGAGGUAAUUAUAUAUGUUAUUUUGAAAUUAAAAUAGCACAUUUAUGUUAAUUGAAAUAUAUACACAUUAAAAGUAACAUAUUUAUUAUUGGUUUAGGACAUUUCAUCUUGUCAGCUAUACUUAUCGUCACCGACUUAUCGCCUAGUUGGCAAGGGAAAAGUGCACAACACUUCGGGAGAUUUACUUCACCAUAGACCGCUCCCGGAUGGACACCUUAAAGUAUCGGUUGAUGUUGUAUUAGAUAAGGAUGCGUUGCUACCGAUACCUGACAUUGUUUCAGAGACAACAUUGCUGCGAGAUGCAAUAGGAUCAUUUGUUGCAUGGCCCUUGGAUCUCAUUUUCAUUGAUGAUGAGACGCCUACAAAACCCGCAUCUAAGGAUAAAGGGAUUUUGCGGCACAACGAGUCUGUUGCAUCACAAAAAGAGGUAUAUUGAAAGUGUUAAUUAUAUGAUCCGAAUC